AUGUCGGAAGAUGAUGGGCUGACGGGAGCCUACAAGGGGGCUAAUUUCGCAAUCAAGAUAGUAAUUGGGGUGUUUAUUGGAAUCUCCUGGUACAAUGCACUGGAACUAUGUGUUCUGGUCUUUGUCACGUUCAGCCAUUAUAGAGGCCUUUACUUCUGGAGCCUCUUGAUAUCAGCGACUGUUGGCGUCAUGCCAUAUGCACUCGGUUUCCUGCUAAAGCUCUACAACUUGAUGGACAAUGUCUGGCUGUCUCUUGUUUUUCUUACAGUUGGCUGGUGGACCAUGGUUACUGGCCAGUCCUUUGUCCUCUACUCCCGGCUUCACCUCGUCAUUCGCGACCAAAAAAUCCUACGCCGCGUUUUAUGGAUGAUGAUUUGCAAUAUUUUCAUCUUACACUUACCUACAACCAUCCUUACAUUCGGUUCGAACUCGAGUCACCAAAAGAGUUUUGUUCCAGCAUACAAAAUUAUGGAAAAGAUACAGAUGACCGGCUUUUUUAUUCAAGAGGUCAUCCUCUCUACCCUCUAUAUAUUGGAAACGAUGAAGAUGCUACGGAUAGCACCCAAGCAUGGAAACCGGAAGAUUAUGUAUCAGCUUCUCGGUAUCAAUCUUAUCUUCAUUAUCAUGGAUCUCGCACUCCUCGGCACGGCUUAUGCCAACCUAUAUGUUAUCGAAACAACAAUCAAGGCCUUAAUAUACAGUGUUAAGCUGAAGCUUGAAUUUGCUGUUUUGGGCAAGCUUGUCCACUUGGUCAACAUACACUCCUGGAACCCGGAGUUUUUCAGCGGAUCAAAUGGCUACCCAGAUUUUGUGGACCCAACGCAGAUAACAACAGACAUUACUCGGCCACCUCAAUGCAUCAACAGUCCUCCCAGGCCACCGUGGUCAUUCCCAGACACUCUGCCAAUUACUUCGAAUCUGCAAUUUUGCGGAAAAGCAGACGUGGCGCCGUCGAGCAGCGGCAGUUUGGCUACGACACAUAUUGCUCCAUGCACCUCCAACGGGGUUCCAGUACCGACACCAGUUGAUGUUACACAUGCCACACCCUCCCAGGUUAUAUCACCCAAUAACCUUCCCAAAUGGCCGAGUUAA